AUGUCAUUGAGCCCUCCAGCCUUUCUCAGCAAUGUACAGAGCAAUAUCAGAGCUCGCCCGAUACCUUGGGACGGCGCCGUUCGAGCGGGAAACCUAACGGAAGACCAGCUCAAGAGGAUCAGAUCGGUUGACAAGGUCCGGAAAGAGCAGAGGAAACAGACAAUAGAGAAGGAUGUAAAGAGCUACAGCACCCUGCUUGUCGGCGGUACAGAUGGUGGCAGUGUGCUCGAAAAAGCAUCAAAGCGCAGCGACAUCAUCCAAUACACCCUGGUGUUGGCAACCGACCUCAUCAACGACGCUCCGGAUCUUGCGAUUGCUAUCCUAGAACAUCCUGAACCCUACAAAACCUUUCUGUCCUUCCUCAGCCAGGGAAACAGCCCAGAGGACGCCAUUCCCUUACUCUCCGCCACCUUUCUCGUCAAUCUUAUUUCCAUUUCCCUAACGACAUCCUCACGCCCGGCCAGUCGAGAUGACGAAGCACUCCCACAGCUCUACUCAUAUCUCGCCAAGUUGGUUAAGAAUCAGGACAGUGGACUACAGGAUAUUGGGGUUCAGCACAUGUCACAAAUCCUACGAACGAAACGUUCCAAAGAAUUAUUCUGGAGCCAGAGACAGGAUACGGUGGAUCCCUUAUUCGAUAUCUUGAGAAAAGCGGUUGGUGCUGCAAAAGACAAUGACUCUACGCUAUGGAGUGGCAAUGCUAGUAUACGAAGCAGUGACACGAGAUUUGGUGAAGGAGUAGGCCUGCAAUUGAUGUAUCAUGUGUUACUGGUAAUAUGGCAGCUCAGCUUCGAGGGCGAACUUGUGGGCGAGGGUCUUGAAAAGGACGAGGAGAUUGUGCCGCUGUACACGCAGCUUCUGCGGAUGUCACCCAAGGAGAAGACCACUCGACUCCUGUUGGCAACACUGAACAACCUCCUGGCGACCAAUAAGGAGACGCUGAUUGCGACUGCUACAACUGCUAGGCUUCCUGCCCUGCUGAGCAAUCUCAGCAGCCGCCAUCUGACUGACCCGGACUUAUUGGAGGAUUUGGAGGCUCUGAAAACGAUGCUUGACGAAUACACCAAGAAUCAGACAACAUUCGACGAGUACGCUGACGAGGUAAAUUCUGGUCAUCUUCGGUGGUCACCGCCUCAUCGUAAUCCGACGUUCUGGCGCGAGAACGCGCGCAGGAUCCUGGAAGACAAGAAUGGCGAACUCCCCAAGAAACUGGCUGAAAUCCUGUCCAGGAGUUGGGAGGCAGAUAAGCAGGUGUUGGCGGUAGGGUGCAAUGACGUGGGCAAUCUGGUAAAGCAUGUGCCGGAGCAACGGACUACACUCGAGAAACUCGGCCUCAAGGCUCGGCUUCUGGAGUUGAUGGGCGAUCCCGACGAGGCCGUGAGAUGGGAGAGUCUCAAGGCCGUCGGGGAUUGGAUGAGAUACACGUUCGACAAGUGA